AAGUACGGGUUGACCCGGAGUACAAAGUGAAACUCAUUCAACACGAAUUACUUCAAGAAUUCAACGUUGCAUUUUCUUAUAAAAAAUGUUGGAUGGGUCGAAUCCAUGCUUCAGAGAUGUUACACGGCAGUUGGGAGGACUCUUACACGCACCUCCCAGUUAUCUUAUAUAACCUUCAAAAUGCAUACCCAGGGACAAUUGUUGAGGUUGUUUACUCUUCACCCCCUCCCAACCUCAAUGUUAUCCCGGACGAAGUACCGCAUUUUAAGUAUGCAUUUUGGGCAUUUCCAGCAGCUAUUAAUGGUUUACAGUAUUGCUUGCCUGUGGUGACGGUGGACGGGACCCAUUUGUACGGAAAGUACAAGGGUCACCUACUUUUGGCGGUGGCACUCAAUGGAAAUCAAGAACUUUUCCCGCUUGCAUAUGCUGUAGUUGACGGGGAAACAUCUGACAGUUGGGCAUGGUUUUUUCGUCUUCUUGUUCAAAGAGUUAUUCGUUCACAUUGGGUUUGUGUAAUUUCUGAUAGGCAUGCUGGCAUUAUCAAUGCAUAUCGUGAUCUUCCUGAGCUACAAACUGGGUUCAUAACCAAGCGUUAUUGUCUAAGGCAUGUCCGCAGUAAUUUCAUGAAUAAAUUUCAUGACAGUGACCUUAAACGUAAAGUUUGGGCCGCUGGGAGCACACCCAACAUCGAACAGUUUAAUGAGUACAUGGCAGAAAUCAGGCACGCAAAUGAAGCUGCAUAUAAGUACUUGAACGAUAUUCCGCGCGAGGCAUGGACUCUUUGUUAUGAUGGUGGAAAUAGAUGUGGAAUCCUUACAACCAAUAGCUCGGAAAGUUUUAAUAAUAUGCUGAAAGGUUGUCGGAUGAUGCCAGUUACAGCGAUACUAAAGAUGUCCUACAAUAAAAUGGUUGAAUCAUUUGAAAAAAGGCACAAGAUUGUUGUUCAGUGGAUGCAGAAGAACAUCCACACAACUCCUAAAAUCACAACAAUUCUUCGACACCGUGAGAAGACAAAGCACAAGUGGAUAGCUACAAAUUAUGGUAACUAUCAGUAUAUAGUUAGCCAUACUUCUCGUUCUGAUCCAGGUGCUACGUACAAUUAUAUGGUGGAUUUGGCUAAUAACAUUUGCACGUGUGGACAAUGGAUUGCAGAUGGAAUUCCUUGUGUGCAUGUUCAUGGCGUGUAUCAUUCUUUUCAACAACUUGCAGAUGCUCUUGUUCCAGA